CCAAGUUGAGUUACAAAAGUGAGCGUAAGUUGUUGCGUACGCGUAGUUUAUGUUGGAUCUCCGAGUAAAGAUUAUCAAAAUCACUUGAAAAUUUAUAUAUUUUAAAAUGUUUGCAAAAUUAACUUUGAUUCUACUAAUUUGUAUGGGAGUGGAUAGUUUUCCCGAUGGUGCUCCCGUAGACGCGUGUGUAAAGGAUCGAGCGAAUCAGCCGAAUCACGGUCAACAUCGCACGCAACCACUCUCCACUUUACCUUACAGAAUAGUGGCAUCAUCUGCCAACUAUGGGCCAAAUACCAGGAUCACAGUAACCAUUGAGGGUGCGGAACCCUUCAAAGGCUUUUUUAUACAAGCGCGGUCAGUCGAAAAUAAUCAGUGGCUCGGCUCGUGGGAGGAAACUCCGAACACCAGCAUUCAUCCCGAGUGUUCGGCAGUCACACAUGCAGACCCCAGGGAAAAGAUUAAGGCUACAAUCGUGUGGAAAGCGCCACAUAAUUCUCAUGGCCGCGUUUACUUUACGGGCACAGUUUUGAAAAACUAUGGAACUUUUUGGGCGAAUCUCAUUGCGGAAGCACCACAAGAUCCUGUUGCUCUACAAAAUCUUUUUUAGAAGUUACUCUAUUUCUAAAAAAUGCACGUAACGAACAUAAUAUAAAU